CUUCACCACUACGGGUCUCCAGCAGCUAAAAGCUCCUCGCUGCACUCCGAUCACAUCUUAAUUUGCUCAGUCGCAGCCACUACUUCCUUCGCUCGCCGUCGAAAAUGGUUGCGUCGACCACGUGUUUCUCUGUCAUGCUGGCCACGGCCAUGCUCGCUGCGAACGUCUACGCCCACGGAUACAUGUCGGAUCCGGCGGUGACUUUCCUCACCACGAACGAUCCGACGCAGUUCAUUGCCACAAUCGAAUCGUCCGCCUCGGGGCUCACCGGAACCUUCAACGGUGCUCCGGCCGACAACACGGCCGCGUUCACGAAGGCGUUCGAGUCCAGCAGCUUCUCGUCACUCAAGGAGCUCAUCAAUGAAAAGGCCACGCUGACGGUCUCCGAUGCUACGCUCACUUGUGGCUCGUGCGAUCCCGAUGAGACGGCCCAGCCUUUGCCGGACACGUACGUGGAAUGGGCGCACUCCGACUCAGAGGGUUUUACCGCUUCCCAUGAAGGCCCGUGCGAGAUCUGGUGCGAUGAUGUGCGUGUUUUCCAGGGUGACGACUGCGCAGCCGACUACACCACCGCUCCGGCUAAGCUGCCGUACGACCACGACGCGUGUCUUGGUAGCAGCGUACUCACCUUCUACUGGCUUGCGCUGCACUCGUCAACCUGGCAGGUGUAUGUGAACUGCGCGCCGCUCGAGAGCACCACGUCGACGGGCGCGACCUCCAAAUACGCCGUGUCAGGUGCUAGCACCGGCACCAGCACCAGCACGACCACGUCGUCCGUGUCAUCGACUGCCGGUUCUGCAGCCGCCUCGAACUCCAGCUCGCUGGAAUUCCAGACCAACUACGCGACGUCCAGCUCUGCGUUCACCUCGACCGAAACGUCCACUACGACGACUACUACUGCGCCGACUGCGUCUACGACGCCGACCGCCACAACGAGUGCUCCCACCACCGAUACGACCAAAUGCACCGUUCGACGUCGCCGCAACUAAGCAGCGUUUGGCGGUCUAGUAAGCGUUUCGUGUGCGUUGUUAGCAACCGGCGGAUACCACCGCCAACCUGUAGCGUUUAGACUUUUGGUGUAAGCCUGAGAGGCAGAUGCAAAUACAGAAAGCGUUUGUCGUACGUUUAACCUUGGAUACAGAUACGACUAAAUAAGCAGUCAGAGUAUCACUUUACACCCAUUUAUUAACUCGUUCCGACGAUCUCGGCACAAACUCUUAUCACGAAACCUGGUGUUGUACAUGACUUCAAA